AUGUUCAGAAGUGGUAUACCGGAUUUUAACAACGAAGAUGGAGCUGGUGGAUCUUCCUCGAAUAAUCUCUACUGUUGCACUGUUUGUAAAAGAACUUUUCCUAAUUCCAGCCAACUCAUUCGCCACACACGUAUCCACACUGGAUGUAUGCAGAUUCAUUCCAGCGAAAGACCUUACCCCUGCAACAAGUGUCCACAAGCCUUCAGCCAAAACUGUACUCUCAUAGCUCAUAUGCGCACUCACUCUGGCGAAAGACCUUACCACUGCAACGUGUGUUCACGAUCCUUCAGCCAAAAAUUUACUCUCAUAGCUCAUAUGCGCACUCACUUUGGCGAAAGACCUUACCACUGCAACGUGUGUUCACGAUCCUUCAGCCAAAAUUCUACUCUCACAACUCACAUGCACAUUCACUCUGGCGAAAGACCUUACCACUGCAACGGAAAGCUCGUCGAGACGAAGCUUCUGGCCGAGCACGGCGACAUACUGCAAACAAUAAGCAAGGCCAGAACAACCUUUACUAAGGAGUUGCAUUGUCGAGAGUGUGCUAAUUACUCGGUGGGCUCUACUCCAGGCUUAGGUCACAUAACUUUGAUCUUUGAUCUUACCGUGGGUCCCAAGCUUCUGGCCGAGCACGGCGACAUACUGCAAACAAUAAGCAAGGCCAGAACAACCUUUACUAAGGAGUUGCAUUGUCGAGAGUGUGCUAAUUACUCGGUGGGCUCUACUCCAGGCUUAGGUCACAUGUUGGUUGGAUGUGAAGAUUUAAUGAAAUGCGUGGGAGACGGGCCAGGAUGA